AAGUAGGUCGUCUGCACGGCUGUGCUAGAGAGGGGAUCACAAGAUCACACAAAUGUGAUUUAUUUACGACUGGAAAACAGGCGUACUUUUAGAGCCAGCUUGAGGCAUUCCAUUGCCUGCCUGCGACAUGAACUAUUCGCUUCAAGACUGACUGUAAAUCUAGUUGAUCCUCACAUCCCUUUUCUCCAGACAAAACCCCACAUACCCUGCCCACAUGCUGAAUGAAGAGUAUCUUUUUCAUAAUUGUGUUCUUACUGCUUAAGCCAGGACUCUGCACACGACAGAGUUUCGCUGUUGUUUCCCAGACCGGAGUGCAAUGGCAUGAUCUCGGCUCACCGCAACCUCCGCCUCCCGGAUUCAAGCAAUUCUCCUGCCUCAGCCUCCCAAGUAGCUGGGACUACAGGCGCAUGCCCAGCUAAUUUUUGUAUUUUUAGUAGAGAUGGGGUUUCACCUUGUUGACCAGGAUGGUCUCGAUCUCUUGACCUUGUGAUCCACCCACCUCGGCCUCCCACAGUGCUGGGAUUAUAGGUAUGAGCCACCGCGCCCGGCCUUGGAAUAUAAUUUUAAAUUAGAACUACAACCAAUAGAGUUCUGGAAACAUCUGAGUUGCCCCCUUUUUUAACUUUUAAGUUCUGAGGUACAGGGGGGAUUUGUUACACAAGUAAACCUAUGUCAUGGGGGUUUGUUGUACAGAUUAUUUCAUCACCCAGAUAUUAAGCCUAGUAUUCAUUAGUUAUUUGUGCUGACCCUCUCCCUCCUCUGACCCUCCACCCUCUGAUAGGCCCCAGUGUCUGUUUUUUUCCCUCUAUGUGUCCAUGUGUUUUAAUCAUUUAGCUCCCACUUAUAAGUAGGAACAUGGAGUAUUUGGUUUUCCAUUCCCGCAUUAGUUUGCUAAAGAUGAUGGUCUCCAGCUCCAUCCAUGUUCCUGCAAAGGGCAUGAUAUUGUUCUUUUUUAUGGCUGCAUAGUAUUCCAUGAUGGAUAAGUACCACGUUUUUUUAAUCCAGUCUACCAUUGAUGGGCAUUUAUAUUGAUUUCAUGUCUUUGUCAUUGAGAAUAGUGCUUCGGUGAACGUACACAUGCACAUGUCUCUAUGAUAAAAUGAUUUAAAUUCCUUUGGGCAUAUACUCAAUAAUGCGAUUGCUCUAUCAAAUGGUAGUUCUUUCUGUCUUUAGGUCUUUGAGGAAUUGUCACACUGCUUUCCACAAUGUUUGAAUUAAUAAUUUACACUCCUAUCAACAGUGUAUGUGUUCAUUUUUCUCCACAACCUUGCCACAGUCUGUUAUUUUUUGUCUUUUAAAUAAUAGACAUUCUGACUGGUGUGAGAUGGUAUCUCAUUGUGGUUUUAAUUUCUCUAAUGAUCUGGACACAGGAACCGGCAAAGAUUUCAUGAUGAAGAAAUUGCCAAAAGCAAUUAUAACAAAAGCAAAAAUUAACAAAUUGGAUCUAAUUAAACUAAAGAGCUUCUGCACAGCAAAAAAAGCUAUCAAUAGCAUAAACAGACAACCUACAGAAUGGGAGAAAUUUUUUACAAACUCUGCAUCUGACAGAUGUCUAAUAUCUAGCAUCUAUAAGGAGCUUAGAUAAAUUUAUAAGAAAAACACAACCCCAUUAAAAAUGGGCAAAGGACACGAACAGACACUUUUCAAAAGAAGAAAUACAUGUGGUCAACAAGCAUAUGAGUUCCCCUUUUAUUAUUUACUAUGAGGGAACUGUGACUUACUAGUUUUUGUGUCCCAGCACAAAGCCUGACACCCAGCAACUGCUAACAAAAUAUUUGCGGAUUUAUUUAUUGAAAGAGUUGGGCGGAGGUGGAGAAUGGAGGGUGGGGAGCAUCAUAUAUAAAUGCAUAUACUUCAAAUGUGAUGAUCUCUUCCUGAUGUGAUCAAACCAAAAAUACAAAACAGAAACACGAUCUGUGCCGGGGGUCCUGGCCCUUUUUGCUUCUGCCAGCGUGUGUGAGGAGAUGCAGAGGCAAAUUCCGUGGCAGUUAGAAAGAGAACUGGCGCCCAAGAUGGAGCAGAGGGAACAUUUAACCUUAACUUUGCACAGUCCUGAGGUUCCCAAAAUAAAGGGGGACCGGAAAUACCAAAGGCCUACCCUCCCUGCCAACAAAGAUCCAAGUGCCUCGAUGUCAUCCCAGAGGCGGCAGCAGCAUGUGGAUCAGGCACACAUCUACAUCCGAAUGCUCUGUGGCAGCCUCUGUAGUUUUAGCCUCUUAAUGCUGAUCGGCAUGUCCCCACUGAACUGGGUGCAGUUCCUGGUGAACAGGAAUGGCCUUGAGCUCUACGCAGGACUCUGGACCUUAUGCAACCAUGAGCUGUGCUGGAGCCACACACCCAAGCCACCCUAUUAUCUCCAAUAUUCCAGGGCCUUCUUUCUCAUCUCUAUCUUCACCAUACUCAUUGGCCUUGGCUGGCUCUUCAGCUCUGGCCUCCCCAGUAGAAGAAGCAUGACCACCAACUUGGAUUUGAAGGUAUCCAUGCUCAGCUUCAUCUCAGCUACCUGCUUGCUCCUCUGUCUCAACCUGUUUGUGGCACAGGUUCACUGGCAUACUAGGGAUGACAUGGAGUCAGAUCUCCUAUGGACCUAUUAUCUUAACUGGUUCAGUGACUUCUUUUACACAUUUGCUGGGAUCGUCUUUCUUCUCAACUACUUUACUUCCAGAUCUCCUACCCAUGAUGAAAGUAUUACUGUGAUUCCAACAGUGAGACCAAGGCUGGGGUAUGGUCCAGUGACUACAGUAUCACCUGCUAAAAAUGAAGGGCCAAGGUCUAAGAUGAAAUCUCUAAAUGUGAGACAGAAAAAUUUACCAAAGGCAGGACUGUGAUGGUGAUAGGAAAACCUAACUAUUGCUUGUCUUAAAAGUAGGGGAGAAGCUAAGUUGGGAAUGACUGCAUAAAAUCUUGGAAACCCUCCUAAUAUCAUGUCCAUAUUUCAGGAGAAGAUAGCAUUAAAGCUAAUGAAAUGUC